UUGACCACAAACUCGACCUCAACGUCGUUUGAUCUAGUUGCAGUGCUUACGAGUAAGGAGUGAACCUUUGAACGAGCUGUGAAUCCUAGUCAUGCAACUCAUGCUCAGAAGCAUAUUGCUCAGGAACCCCCAUCCAGCCUUCUGAAGCUUUUAUCCUUUUCUAGUUAGAAACUCAGUACAGCAACAUAUAGAGAGAGAGCAUGGUGGAGCGAAUCUAAAGCUAGCGAAGAUCCGAUCUUCAUUUUGUUAUUAGAAGAGCCAGUAGAUGUCACAGUUUUAUGGCAACCCAGUCAUCUCUAACAUGAACACAUCAUAAUUGUGAAGCUAGCAGCGGAUCAGUAGAAAACGAAACACUCCAUGAGUUCGAGAGGGUCGUCAGAUGUCUCAUUGGACGAAACGUGUAGUUCUGUGAACAGACAGUGGGUCCAAGAGACUUCGACCUACAAGCAUCCUGUGCACGUUGGUUCCUGUCCAGUCACAUCACGGUCAUUUCCAUUACUCAUAACCGUGACUGGGUCUCACCACGUUAAAUGUAUUCAAGCUUAGUUCGUGUUUGAGUUUGAUUCUUAAUUUCCCUUGACAUUCAGUAGAUAGAAAGUCGUAUUUCAUUCUGCCAUCCCUCGUAACAUAUAUCGUCAUUAAUCGGUUAAGUCCAAUACCGAAACGGGUUAUCGAAACCAGACAUCAUUGCUAUUUUCGAAGGCCGAAUUUUCUACUAAUUUUCUUUUUACCAGAUUAAUUUUUAAUCCAGUAGUCGCUGGAUAAGAGUAAUCGGGGUGAGGAUUCAAUUAGCAUAUGAACAACGUUUCCAGGGAUUCCCGGUGAUGAUUCGAUGGUCCAGAUCAGGAUUCGUACUUACAGUGUCGACAAGUAAGUCGUGAGGACACUGACGUCAAGAGCAGUUGACGUUCGUCGCAAGAUGCUGUCUACUUCUCACCGUGUAUGGUGAGAAGCUUCACAAGACAUCAGAAAACGUAGACGUAGAGCUCUGGCCCGAGGCAAACUGACUCGGACAGUCGGCUGAACGCCAAGCAAUGAGAGCAGUCGCACUCAACAUUCGAUCGUACAUGUAGCUAGCACCUAUUUUUGCCGAGAAGUCGGGAGAUCUUUAAGCUAUCUAAGUGACUCCUUAUAUAUAUAUAUAUAUAUAUGUAUAUAUCUGGUGACGCUUGAGUCGCGCCAGAUAUGUGCAUGACAUGCACGUGAGGCCUGGACGAUUGGUAGGGGAACGUCGACGUUAAGUUGGAAUUGAUACUGCGAUGUGAUCCAUCGAGCGUGUUUCCAAAGCAUUGAUUGAUUGAUUGAUUGAUUUCCCCGUCGACCACCACCAGGUUGGAGGGGAUUUGAAUUGGAGUAUCCUGAACUGCAAGGCUGUGUGAAGGGGUGAAAGAAGGUCGCUGCGACUUCUGAAAUGAACAGCAACAGCAAUGCACCGAUUCCAGUGGGGUUCAGGUUCCAUCCAACGGACGAGGAGCUCGUGGGGUAUUAUCUUCAUGGCAAAGUAGGGAGAGCGCAGCGAGACCAGUUCAUUCAGGAGUUGGACCUCUACAAGAUCGAACCCUGGGAUCUGCACGAGGUGUGCAGAAUUGGCGACGACGCACCCGAGAAUCAGAGCGACUGGUACUUCUUCAGCCACAAGGACAAGAAAUAUCCUACUGGAAACCGCGCAAACCGAGCCACCACAGCCGGAUUUUGGAAAGCCACAGGGCGGGACAAGCCUAUCCACACGCAGCGUCAUGUCAUAGGCAUGCGUAAGACGCUUGUGUUUUAUCGAGGGAGGGCACCUCACGGACAGAAAACGGACUGGAUUAUGCACGAGUUUCGUCUCGACGAAGGACCUGGUGUCGUCCCUAACUAUGAAUCAGAUGGGUGGGUGGUGUGUCGCGUUUUCAGGAAGACGAAGAAUUUCAAGACCAAGAGCCAGGACACAUCGUGCUCAUUUGAGGAGGACCAACAAGUCGGAUGCGACACGCUUCCAGCGGAGCUUGUGAGCUCACCUAGUCAUGAGAAAUACGUGGACAGUGGAGGAGGUGCCAUGAACAACAUCCUGCAGCUUCACCACCACUACAACUUCGCGUGCAAACAGGAGAUCAGCGUGGACGAUUACAACGCUCAUGUCCAUGACCCCUUCGUCGAGAAUCUUCACCACCUCCAAGAGCUUCACAGAUCGCUGGAGGGCAGCACCAAUCACCCUCUUGCGCCGUGCUCCUCCUCUACGUUCAGGAGCCAGCAACAGUUGAGCCGGAUGAAUUCAAGAGAUCACGAGAAUUACUCCGUUGCACCGGCAUUUCAUCACGGCGAGUCGUCUCUCAGGGAAUUUGAUGAAACCAGACCCAAUGUUACUCAGGAUGGCUCGCUGUGCAGCUUAAACUUCCCUGCAACUUACCAGGGAGAGGAUUUUUGGACGCUUGAGAGCGCCAGGGCGAGCCUGCGACGAGACCAGACACUAGCAGACAUGACAUGCCAUGUCCACUUAAAGAGGGGGACGACGGACCAUUUGUCAGCGUCCCACCAUGAAAACCUGGUCCAUCUCUGGAAUGUAAAGUAACUGCUCACACGAUAGUGACUGGAUCAAUCCGUAGGGGAGAUACUUAGAACUUGAAAAGCCUCAAAGGAAGAAUACUCCGGUCAUCAUUGGCCUCAUGGGGAGUCAUAUUUUUAGGGAUACAAGGUUGUUUUGUGAAGCUCCAGCAGACCAAUUAAUUAAUAAUUUGAGCACGUUGCGUCCCACAUUUAGGAGGAGCUGAUCAAAUCACGUUUUAGUUCGGAUACUGCAAGCCUGUCAACGACUGGAGUUGCCGCAUGAGCUACCGCCAGUUAACCGUCUCCAUGACAACAACAUAGCUGAGGCAAAAAGAGACUGAAGGGCGAAGAUGACCCAGAGCAAUGCUAUCUAAUGAUGCUCGCUAACUGCUUGGAGGACGUCACCGAAAUAGGCUCUGUCCUCAUCAUUAAGGGAGGAAGAGAAGAAUUAGAAGAUGCCGAGCGAUGCUCGCUUUCACAGAAAUUACCAUAAUGAAGAAAUACCUAGGGGGUAUGCAUCGAGACGCCAAGUUGUUCACAUCAUGCGUUUAGUUCGUCUGUUUUGAUUUUACUGUCUGCGAUAUUGCAGUAAUCUUCUGCCGCCGCACGGUUUGUUGCGAAUCGGAGGCGAGUUAGUUAGAUUACCCCUUGUAUAGUCUCUUGAUACGUCCAUUCGUUGCACCAUGACACAGACGGCAUGAAAUCCUGUGAAAAGACUGUGGAACUGACCGUAAAAUAAAUAAUAAUAAUAAUAAUAAUAAAUUUUUAAAAAAAGUAA